AUGCCCUUUCUCACCCUCAGCAUGGAUGCCUUAGCUGGGCUGAUCCUCAAGUCGCAGGAGCUCCCUUGGGGCUACGCGGGCUGCUACUUCCUUGGAGGGGUCUUGGGCAUGACCGGGGGCUGGGGGAUGGUAGUGAUGUGGCUUGCCGUGCGCCUCUGUGACAUACCAGUUGGCACGUCGACUUCCCCACUCCUGGAUCAUGGUUGGACACUGUUGAUCUUCCUUGGCUUCGUGGUCCUCAGCUUCUCGGGGGUCUUGGUCAGCGUUCGGGCCUACCAAGCUGGCCUGGUUCCUGCAGGGCUCUGGUUCCUCAGCACCUGCUUCCUCCUGUGCCUCACCCGUGGUGGCUGGGAGCGGUCUUCUUCUGAAGUACCAUCUAUCACUGAAGCAUCAGCAGUCGCGCCUGCUGCAGAAGACUCAGUUGCCCAGCCAUUAGAGACCCCGCCCGACGCAGACAAUGUCAAAAAUGACACUUGA